AUGCCAAGGCCAGAUCACCUUGUGGAUCACCUGGAGGUGGUGACCCUGCCACCCAGUCACUCAAAGGUACUUCCUGUGAAGAAGUAUGCAGAGCAGUUUCAUCUUCCUGUCCACAUCUGGCCAGAUGUAGGUGCCUGUGAGAAUUUUGACGUUGGCGUGGUGGCAUCAUUUGGACGUCUGCUUAGUGAGGACCUCAUCCUAAAGUUCCCCUACGGCAUGCUGAAUGUCCACCCCAGCUAUCUUCCGCGGUGGCGUGGCCCUGCACCAAUUGUCCACACCGUGCUUCAUGGAGAUACAGUAACCGGGGUCACAGUUAUGCAGAUUAGACCUAAGAGGUUUGAUGUGGGUCCAAUUAUAAAACAAGAAGAAUUUGCGGUUCCACCCCGUUGCUCAGCAAAAGAACUGGAGCCAUUGUUAUCCAAGGAAGGUGCAAACAUGCUGAUUGCCGUUUUGCAAAACUUACCUGAAAGUUUAACCAAGAAGAAAGAACAACCCAAAGAAGGAGUAACAAACGCUCCUAAAGUCACUGUUGCAAUGAGCUGCAUUCAGUGGGAAGGACAGACUGCUGAGCAGAUACUAAGGAUGCACCGUGCCUUAGGAGCCAUGAUGCCUCUAAAGACGCUGUGGAUGGGUUCCAGUGUAAAACUAUUGGACUUUGAAGAAGAGGAAGUGCUACCAGAUUUUACUGAUAAAAUUGUAGCCGAGAAAGAGGCAAUUCCAGGGUUGGUGUUGUACCACAAACAAUUAAAGAUCCUGGUGAUCCGGUGCAAGGAAGGUUGGGUUGGAGUCAAAACUAUUAUACAUAAAAAGAAAUUGACAGCAACCGACUUCUACAAUGGCUACUUACAUUCUUGGCCACAGAACAAUUCUCAAACGGCUCUCAAGAAUUGCCGGUUUCAAACACUCAAGCUGACCCCAGUGAAAAAGAAGUUAAAAGGUUCAUUGAGUAUGCAGAAUAAUUCUGAUACAAUUUUCAGUAAUGUGUGAAAGUACCAACUCUGUAUGAAGAGGCAAAUUGGAAACGUGUGAAAUUUGCCCUAGAAUUGACUGACAGGAAACAUGGAAGAAAAUAAAUAAUGGCAAAGACAAUGCUAUGCAGAUGAUAUUGUGGAGUGGAUAACACAAAGGACUAGUAACCUGAACAGUGUGUUUAUCUAUUUAAAGCUUCAAAACACUCUCAGCCUUGCAAGUCUGGUUUUUUUCAGGAACUGGAUCCAUCUUUUUCCAACUUAAAAUACAGCUGAGCAGGAUUCACUAAGUUAAGGACACUUGUUGUAUUCUUGAAGAAUAAAUGGUUUUUGUACAUGUUUGCGUAGGCGUGUCACGCAAAUCGUUGCAAUGGCUGAUAUUUUAGAAUGCCGACUUGUGUAAUAUAAUGU